GGAAAGUUCAAGUGCGAAAUAAUCAGAUCCAUUUUUUUACCAGUGUUGGAACAAAUACGUACUAGGGCUUUCUCUAAUCAAAUUUAAGACGAUGAUAGAUCAAACGGGAAGUUCUUUCAGGGAGGGAAACGGGCUUCCCUCCCUGAAUGUUCCGAUGGUAUCGUGAGUUAGAAGAUGUCUGCAUAUAUUUGAGAUGAUGAAUGAUUCAUUCUUCGAUUGUUUACUUCCGCUAUACUUCGAAGCAAACUAAUGUAGUCAUAUUUUUGAAUGGCUUGGCGAAUUCGUCAAUUUCUACCGCACACUCUUAUAUUCAGUUUCAGACAUGGAAGGCAACCCAAUGUUGGGUAUGCGCUUACCUCCUGAUCUCCAUGAGCAGGAUGCCCUACAUGAGAGCAUCCAGAUCUGCAGAGCAAUCGCAGUGCGAGUGCUGGAGAUUUUACUGCGACUUCCCGGAUUGAUACUGUUGGAGCUUUGGUGGAGAAAUAGAGAUAUUAGCUUUGAUGAGAUCACUCAGGAGAUGCUGAAAAAAGCGCCGUUCAACUCCUAUCUCGAUAUAUCUACGAUUCUCGAUUUUGUGCACAGAAGGAACUUUGAUAACUCAGCUGCUUUGAUAUUGAGUUACUCAGUGUUAUUUCUCAGCGUCAUGUUUCUAACGCUGCCACUGACGAAGCUGUUCAAGCUUUAUGCCCAUGCACUUAGCCUGGUGAUAUUCGCAUUUGCACAUUACAUGUCAACGACUUAUGUCUAUCUCGAGCAAAAUACUGAAGAUAAGGAACUGAAACUUGACAACUUCGUAAAGUUGGAACGACAUGGAUUUCAUUUUCUUGCACAGCUCAUGCUAAGCGUUGUGCAGAGCUGUGUUCUUGGUCUUGAAAGCGAUGUUGGUCGAGCAUUUCUUACUGUGUUUACUCUUCCAAUUGUUGCUAGAAUGUGUGGUUUUCCUUUGGAUAAGCUCAUCCUAGCGCACAAUGUCGCUUGUUCUUUGGUCAUGCUGUCAAUGUGCAUCUACGUUCUCAAUCGUGUGCCGGAUAUGGUACAUGGAAUGCGAAUGGCUUUCCGUCAAGUGAAGGCUAUUUUUGUUGUGCGCGGCUUAGCCGGAGGUUUCGUUACCGUUUGGCGUCGCUUGCGCAUCGCAGAGCUAAUGACAUGUGCAUGGCUGACCAUGUUCGUAAUUCGCAUGUACGUAGAAAUGUGGGAGAAGAAUCGUUCUUGGCGCGAGGCGGGACCAGCUUUGUUGGAGGGUAUCGCAGAAAGCACCAAUACACCUAUUUCUCUCCUCGCUCUUGCACUGACGGUAUCAUUUGUGUGUAAAUGGAUAGUGGACGGAGCGCAGUUGGCGAUUGGUGGUCGUCGUGAUCAUGGACACGUUCUUGCUCACUCAGGUUACACCGAAGCAUUGACUUUGGUGCUACUAUGUCUGCAGACAGGCCUUCUUGGCAUGAAGACUGAGCAGAAAGCCUUUUUGCUGGGACUUGUUCUCUUCAUCGUAAUGUCUGCUUUGCUGCAAUCGUUGUACGAACUUCUGGAGCCACAGUUGUUAUCCUUAUCUGCUUCACCAAACGCUUCAACUGCACGCCAUGCGCGAUGCCUUAUUCUUGCGCUGAUACUCUUCGUUGCCCCGAUUGUAAUGGCUGGAGCUAUCACUUCCUUCUUGCCUGUAGACUUAUGGUGUGUGAUCAUUGUGUCCAACUGUGUCCUCACCACAAUCCAUGCAGCAUCGUCGGCCAUACAGUAUGUUAUAGGGAUGGUAGAAUCUCGUUCUCUCGAGCCCUGGGAACAAAGCGAUGAUCUUAUGUUCUGGACCAGGAUGAUUACUAAAGUCUUUGAGUUGUCUAUCGCGCUCAUCGUGCUUCUAUAUGGUAUCAUGUUUACAGUUUCAGGUAACUGGACGUUGGCAACCAUUGCAGUCCUCAUCUUCCAUGUAAUAUUCAACAUUUACAGAAGAAUGGAGACUCUUAUUGGAUCAAUGACUGCUCGUCAAGCAGCAGUGAAGAAUAUAAAUCGUUUACCGCGAGCCACUAGAGAGGAACUCAAAGCUCGAUCUGACGUUUGUGCUAUAUGCUUUAUGGAGAUGUGUGAAGAAGCACGUGUGACUCCGUGUAAACACUUUUUCCACGGAUCUUGCCUGAGGAAGUGGCUUUCCGUUCGCCAGGUCUGUCCUCUAUGUUACGCGGACUUGGUAGAUCCAGACCAAGAGCCCGCAGUAGAAGAAGUCGAACGCGAGUUGCCUCCGGAUAGGGAAAGGGCACGAGAAAGGAAUGCGGAGCUGAGAGAGUUGCGUGCGAUGGAAGGUGCGAGGGAUAUGUGGCCGCUGAUGGAACAAGUCUACGAUAAUGCUACUGAUUCGGAAAGUGAUUCUUCUUCUGCAACUGAAUACACAUUAGCGAGCACUGAUGAUUGA